CAGCUCAGUCCUGCACCGCCGCCUGUCGCACCGCUCGGACCCGGUGGAUAAAAAUAUGAAUAUUUACCACCGAUAUAAACCCGCAAAACAACCCGAACACACACACACACAUAGCAUUUUCGUAGCUUGAUAAACGGCAUGGCUUCCGGCUUGGGAGACGGAGAGGGGACUGCGGAGGGCACCGCGGAGGGGACUGCGGAGGGCACCACGGAGGGCGGCUCGUGGAGACUCAUAGGCCCGGCCGCGGGGCUCUCGUCGCGGCGCUGCCGGCUCAUGUACUCCCCGCUCGGCUCCGCCUCGGACGUCUGCCUCUUCCACGUGAAGGGGGAGUUCUUCGCCAUGGACGCUCGCUGUUCACAUAACGGCGGUCCUCUGUGCGACGGGGACAUCGAGGAGGCCGACGGGGUCCUGCAGGUCUUCUGUCCCUGGCACGACUACGACUUUGACCUCAGGACUGGGAAGUCCGGCACGUCCUUACAGCAACAAGUGUACGAAGUCAAGCUGGAGGACGGCGACGUGUACGUGAAGCACGCCAGCCGUCUCUCCCUGGAGCCUUUUCCCACGGAGGAGAAGAAGAUGAAGAAGAGCUGAACAACCCGAUGUUCAUCGUCCGUGUUCCAAGACUCCAAAUUCACAAGCGAUCCGAAACAUUCCCGAGCCUCAUCCGUCAUUUCUCACAGCGCUCCUUCUGCUUUGAUUUUCUGAGAGCUCAGGAUGUCUGAAGAGGACGUGAUGUCAUGGAUUUAGAGUUGUUCUUCAUCACCGACACUGAAGAUGGAGACGCGACAUGUCACUCUUAUAAUAACUAACUAAUCAGCAUACGGUAUUUUUUUAUUGCCACUUUUGAUCACUAGAUUUUUUUUUUUCUAAAAAUAAUGUUUACAAAUUCUGAUAAAAAACAGAUACGAAAGUAUUCAGACCUUUUUCAAAUCUGCAGCCAUUUGCUAAAAUCUAAAAAGUUCAUUUUAUUUCGGAGUAAUGUUCACUCAGCACCCCAUCUUGACAGAAAAAAACAGAAAUAUAGAAAUUUGUGCAAAAAAAAACCAAAAAAAAACUUUCAUGAAAGUAUUAAUGAGAAAUAAAAUCAAUCAGAAUCUAAAAAAUUUCAUUUUAUUUCUCCUUAGUGUACACUCAGCACCCCAUCUGGACAGAAAGAAACAGAAAUGUAGAAAUGUUUGCUAAUUUAUUAAAAAAGAAAAACUGAAAUAUCCCAUGGUCAUAACUCAGACCCUUUGCUCAGUGUUGAGUAGAAGCCUUUUGAGCUAGUCCAGCCAGGAAUCUUCUUGGGAAUGAUGCAACACGUUGUUCACACCUGGAUUUGGGUAUCCUCUGCCAUUCUUCAUGCAGAUCCUCUCCAGUUCCAUCAGAGUGAAAAAUUUAAAGGGGUCUGAAUACUUUCCGUACCCACUGUAUAACCACUCUAUUGCCACUCUAAACUAAAAAGUUCUCCGAAGAACUUUCAUUUUGUGUUGAUUUUUGGCGUUAGGAAUAUCAAUAAAUAAAUAGCCCAUCUUCUCAUUCUCGAAGGUCAUAUAGAGACAUCCGUACGACAAUUCAAUUCAGUUUAUUUGUAUAGCCCAAUUUCACAAAUUACAAAUUUGUCUCCGAGUGCUUUACAAUCUGUACACAUAGACAUCCCUGCCCCAAAACCUCACAUCGGACCAGGAAAAACUCCCAAAUAACCCUUCAGGGGGAAAAAAAGGAAAGAAACCUUCAGGAGAGCAACAGAGGAGGAUCCCUCUCCAGGAUGGACAGAUGCAAUAGAUGUCAUGUGUACAGAAGGACAGAUUUAGAGUUAAAAUACAUCCAGUCUGUUUUCAAAACCCGUUAAAAGUUUCUCUGUCACUGAAAACAAAAAUUAUGACGGGAUCAAACCGUUAUUGCAAACGAAGGGUUGAUUGCAAACCAUAUUUUUGACUUCCUAAACAAGUACAUUUUGAUUAUAUCAAAAUGAUGCGUGUAAUUUUGAGCUCUUAACCGAGUGCCAGUGCAUUUCAAUAAGUAAUACACUCAACGAGUGUAAAGCUUCCAGUCGUUUCCGUGGAAGAAUUAGUGCAAUCAUGAAACAGCGGGAACUAAACAGGUUCGUUAGCACCGAUAACCCUCUUCCAUUCAACAAGCGCCGCCUCGAGGCCCAGUCAUGGCUUUUUUUUAAUGUUCAUUUUUUGCCUUUUUUUGAAAAAUAGAGUCCCAGCCAGUAGAACACACAUGAAGGGGCCCCGCAGUUACGAUCGGUGGCAGGUUCCCGGGGUCGAGACGUCUCCAUCGGCGUUUCCCUGGCACCGACCGGUUAGUCUGUUGCUGACGCACUUGGGCUCUCACAGAAACGGGUUGUGAGGCGCCUGAAAUGCACCAUUGCCUCAAGAAAUAUGUGUUUUUCCAACUUUGUGCGUGUGUGUGUGUGUGUGUGAGGGCACUCGCUCACAAUAUUUUCUGGCCGAGGCUCCGAGUCACGAAGGUGUCGGUGACUCUGCGGCUCAACGCUCUCCGUUUGUUUUUAUUUCCUCCCCGUUGUGAUUCCUGCUGCGUAACCAUAUAAUAACAAUAAUUCCACUGGCUGGACGUGUCUGUUGUGUGCAGUGGAAGUUUUUCCUCUUUUCCGACGUGCAUCAUAACUCAUCACCUGCCGGGUAACGGGUUAUUAUGGGUCGGUAGAAAGUGAACGUAUUGGGGACGCACUCACGUUGUGAGCCCUCGACUUUAGUGAGUCGUGUUGGUCUGUCGCUAUGUUUCCUUAAAAGUGUUAAUUCAUUAAAAAAAAAUCUAAUUAUUUGGAUUAUGUAUCUGGUCUUUUCUGAUCACUUGUACUGUAAACUGCCAUUUUGUUUGCUGUAAACUAUAUUUAUUGUCACUUGUGCAAAGCUGUAUAUUUAUCCGUAUUGUUUAAUUCACAAAAUAAAUGAUAUAUUGAGAA